AGAAAUGAAAAAAACAUUUUGCAUAGAAGAGAGAGAGGCGGAGAGAGAGGAAAGUGAAGAAGCAAUCGUGAGAGACUCUCUCGAGUCUUCCCUGAGUCACUCCUCUCCUCUCACACCUUUUUGCUUCGCGAUUAAGAGUCAGAGAGAGAGAGAUAGUAAACAUCGAACGUCUUCCAUUUCAUCUUCCUUCGAUUACCUUGUUAGGGUUUUGUAUUUUGGCUUCUGGAUUCUUCUUCACUAUGCAUAAGUUGAGCAGAAGCAACCGUGACAAACUUCAGCAGUUCGUGGCUAUCACAGGAGCUAGUGAGAAGAAUGCUCUUCAGGCUCUCAAAGCCAGUGAUUGGCACCUUGAAGCAGCGUUUGAUGUGUUUUACAGCCAGCCUCAACCAAGAAGCAAUGCUGCUGAAGUAAGACGCUUGGAGGAGCUCUACAAUAGAUAUAAAGACCCGUAUUCUGAUAUGAUUCUUGCGGAGGGUAUCUCGGUUCUGUGUAAUGAUCUUGAGGUGGAACCGCAAGACAUAGUCACGUUGGUUCUUUCGUGGCAUAUGAAUGCUGCAACAGCGUGUGAGUUUUCCAGGCAAGAAUUUAUCAGUGGAUUACAGGCAUUAGGUGUAGAUUCAAUCGGGAAGUUGCAGGAAAAGCUGCCAUUUAUGCGUUCUGAGCUUAAAGAUGAACAAAAGUUCCAUGAGAUAUACAACUUUGCUUUUGGGUGGGCGAAAGAGAAGGGGCAGAAAUCUCUUGCCUUAGACACAGCGAUUGGGAUGUGGCAGUUGCUCUUUGCAGAAAGAGAGUGGCCUUUGGUAACUCACUGGUGUGAUUUCUUGCAGGAUCGUCAUAACAAGGCCAUAUCUAAGGACACAUGGGCACAGCUACUGGAAUUUUCAAGGAUGGUCGACCCAGUGCUGUCGAAUUACGAUGCAGAAGGAGCAUGGCCUUACCUGAUUGAUGAAUUCGUUGAGUAUUUGUAUGACAAAAAUGUCGUUGAGAAGUGACCAGCCAACUGGGAGAAGUAAUCAACUCUAUUUGACAAUGUUCCUUUCUUCUCAUUAUUUUAAAUAGACUUGCUUAUCUCACAGAUUUUUCUAUUGUGUUUGUCAGAAUCUUUAAAUUGAUGAUUAAAUAAGUAAGCUUUUCAACCUUAAGACUAAUCUAGUUUUUAGUAUAAUGAUACCAACAAUUGCUCUUCUCUCUGUUACCAAUAAUCACCACAGGAACAAACUCCAUCCUUAAAAUGGUGGAACCUAUUUGUAUCUCUCACAACAAUCUCUCUGUCCACUAGCUUCGAGAUAAGCUUUGUAGCAGCAUGACAGUUUACGCAUGCUCUCAGAUUCUUUGUGAUCCGCAGUGGUGUGCCUUGGGGUGUACUUAUAAGCCCAUACGCAAUCGCGAUCCUCUCGCUGUGGCUGCACAAAGUCUCUUCAGCUUCUUCAUCGUUGAGAUCGUGCAAUGAAGCAUCCUUGUUAGCCACAAAUCCACCUUCCUUCAAUCUACUCUCUAUCCACUCUACUUGUCUCUCUAUCUCUUCAUAUCUCGGAUGUGACUUAUCACCCACUCGGAAAGCCUCCAACCUUCCCCUUACUUCAACCCAGCUACAUCCAACGUCUUUGUUCAAUCCUUUCUCCUUCAUUCUCACUCGCACCUCUGCAACACGGUCCCACAAACGUGCUGCAGCAUACAGAUUAGAGAGCUGUACAUAGUGGCCUGUGUUGGAUGGGUCUAUUGAGAAAAGCUGUUGAGCUGCAUAUUCUCCCAGUUCAACGUGGCGAUGCUUCUUGCAAGCGCUUAGGAGUGCUCCCCAAACCGUUACACCGGGCUGGACCGGCAUGCAUUUGAUCACUUCAUAAGCUUGAUCCAGAUGACCAGCACGCCCGAGAAGAUCAAUGACACAUGCAUAAUGUUGCUGUUGUGGAUUUAUUUUGUGAUCCGCCAUCCGGUUGAAAAACCACCAGCCUUCUCUUACCAUGCCUGAAUGGUUACAGGCCAUGAGAAGCCCCAGAAAAGUGACGUCAUUGGGAUGUACUCCACCACGCUCCAUUGCACGGUACAGACUGAUUGCUUCUCUUGCCCGCCCGUGCAAUCCAUACCCAACAAUCAUAGCACUCCACACCACAACAUCCCUGUCAAGUGUUCGGUCAAAAACCAACCUUGCGCCUUCUACACUUCCACAUUUAGCAAACAUAUCGAUUAAUGCGCUGCUUAUGAAAACGUCAUCCCUGUAGUCACUUCUGCCUACAUAUUCAUACAUACUGCGAGCCUGCUCAAGAGAACCUACUUGAGCGCAAGCCGAAAUGGCAGAUGUUAUAGAGAUGGUGUCGGGUCUAACAUCUUUAUUGAUCAUCUCAUGAAACAUAUCAAUAGCUUCCCUGGCAUAACCGUUCUUCGCAUAGCCAGAGAUCAUGGCGUUCCACAAAAUCAGGUUAGGUGACUUCAUCUUAUCAAACAGAAUCUUGGCAGUUGCAACUUGGCCACAUUUUGCAUACAUGGUGUUGAGAGAGAUGAGUAAGUCAGGCUCUAUUUCAAGACCCAUCUUCACAACAGAAGCAUGAAUAGAUCUCCCUUGCUUCAAAUCCUGCAAGCAAGUGAAAGCAUUGAGAACGCUGACAAGAGCUACCCAGUCAGGCUUCACAUCCAUCUUCCUCAUCUGACUAAAAAUCUCAAGAGCCUCCAUAGGCUCACCGUUCUGAGCAUAAGCUGAAACGAUAGCAGUCCAUGAGACUAUCGUCCUCUCUGGCAAUGGCAGUCCUUCAAACACAGUUCUCGCAGAUCCCAAACGCCUACAUUUCGCAUACAAGGCAAUGAGACCGUUCUGAACAAACACAUCCGCAUCAAAUCCAAGCCUGAACACCUGAGCAUGAACGAAUCUACCCAUCUGAAGAUGAGACAAACCGCUGCAAGCUUUAAGAAGAUGAGGGAAAGUGAAAGAAUCAGGAGAAACACGAGCGAGUUGCAUAUUGGAAUACAUGAGAAGAGCAUCUUGGAAGUGAUUGUUCCUUGAAUAACCCCUGA